AUGGUAGGUGGAAAUGUGUAUGAUGGCUCUAACCAUCAUUCUCCGGUAUUACGGAUUCGUGCCGGCAAUUCGGCCAAAAAGGGACAAAGGUUCCGACUCGGUGAACUGGAUGACAAUAUAAAUAUCGUCUCGCUGACAGUUGCUGACGGUCCCUACGGAUCCAUAUUUUCCGGUAUUCAAAGUACAGGUCUGAUGUCCGGACUACGCAGCCAUCUACUCAUAUCUCCAGAUACUGCUGCUUUAGGUCUUACCACGAUGACAAGCGAACUCGAUUCUCUUUCGCAGCAACUACAGGCUGCUGCAGAGAGUAUUCGCAGGAGCCCUGCAUCUGCGAACGCGACAGAUAGGGAGCUCAGCAAGCUGGCCGAGUGUGCAGAGGGGCUACUCAGGGCCAUCAAGCCGGCUGACCCCUUGGACGCUCUGGUAGUCUUGGUUCAGUUGACGGCCGUUCGUCUGUUUAUUGACUGGCAAGUCUUUGAGGUGAUCCCAACGAAUGGUUCGAUUCAGUAUUCAGAAAUAGCUGCCAUCGCUUGUGCCGAUGUUUCUCUCAUAGCCUGCUUAGCUGGAACACUCGUUGCCGCUGGAGUGUUAAACCAAGUGGGGAGUGAUCGAGUUUCGCAUACUCGAACAAGCGCCGCAUUGGCGGCCGAGGGGGCACUGACGGCCGUCAUCCGAAUGGAGUGUGUGAAUAGCAAGUACCACGUUGCAAGUAUCAUCAUUCUGAUAUGUGGGAGUAGAUUCGAUGAGCAUCUAAAGAUUUUGUAUUCCAUGCCUCGCUACUUUGACGAGUACGGCCGCAAGGAGCCUUCCGGAGAGCGCCAUACCAUUGCGGCUUUCGCCGAUGGCAAUCCCAAUCUGACCGUGUUGGAGAUCAUGAAGCGAGAGCCCCAGAGAAUGGCUACGUUCAUGGCCAGCAUGUCCGCCAUGGGAAGCCGUCAGCCCAUGAUUGGGUCAUAUGAUUUCCGCUGGGUGGUUUAUAACAUGGGAAUCGAUCCAGACAGACCCCUUGUCGUCGACGUGGGUGGCGGCAGAGGCCAUGCGCUCCACGCCAUUGUGCAAGCUACUCCGGGGUUGCCGAUGAGUCGUUGCGUUGUCGAGGACCUCAUGGAAGUGGUCGACGAAGCUCGGAAGACGGCGACAGGGGGGUUAGAGGAAGCCCGGUAUAUCCCUGUGAACUUCCAUACGGAGCAGCCGAUCAAGGGAGCUUUCAUCUACUACAUUCGACGGUGUCUACACGACUACGGAGACGACGAUGCUGUGGGGAUCUUGGAGCAGAUUUGCCAAGCCAUGGCCAGUGACAGUCGUGUACUGGUUGUCGAGCAGGUUCUGACCUAUCCACCGCCGCCCCUGGCGUGUGCUCUGGACAUCAUUAUGGCGAGCAUCGGUGGCAAAGAGCGCACGCUAGAAGGGUUUGAGGAAAUAUUUUCUCGCGCUGGGCUUCAAAUUGCCCAGGUUUACCCAUGCCCAGACUCGGACUUUGCGGUAAUGGAGUGUCAGAAGGCAUGA